AUGGCCUGCAACAACAUCUGCCGACCCUGCGGACCCACCCCACUGGCCAACAGCUGCAACGAGCCCUGUGCCCUGCAAUGCCAGGAUUCCCGCGUCAUCAUCAACCCUUCCCCUGUGCUGGUCACCCUGCCAGGACCCAUCAUGACCUCCUUCCCCCAGAGCACCGCCGUCGGAUCCACCUCCUCCGCUGCCGUGGGCAGUGAGCUCAGUGUGCAGGGACAGCCCAUCUCUGGUGGAUUUGCUGGCUUUGGCCUUGGCUAUGGCCGUGGAUUUGGCUAUGGGCUGGGAGGCCUGGGCUGCUAUGGCAGAAGGGGUGGCUACAACUGCUGA